AUGUUAAAUCAAGAACAAAUCCAUCGAUAUUUUAAUCAUUUAAGUGGAGCGAAACGGAUUGAAUUUCUCUAUGGUUUAUUACAUUUGUGUCAACCAUUAGAACUGCGUUAUUUGGGAACUUGUCUAGAAGAAAUCGCACGCAAAGAUUAUGAAUAUCUGUAUCAUGCAGAACAGAAGACCAAUCACUUACCAGCACAGACACCCACAAUAACUACCAAUAGUGAUUCCACAAAUCCACAAGCAGAUCUUGGACCAGAUGACAAAUUAGAUUUAACGGAUCAAUUUACGCGGGCACAUGCAAUUGUUGAUAUUGCUCUUCUCUGGGCGAAAAAUCGUCCAUGUGCCGUGCGAUUAUUUCGUCGGUUGAAAGCGAGUGAAAGUAUCAAAUUAGUCGAUAUGCUUCUCGAACGUGAUGAUUUGGAUGAGAGGACCAUGGAUGAAAUUCUAAUCAUAUUCUGUCUCGCUGCAAAUCAUCCAGCGUUCAGUUUCGAUAUGCGUACCCAAAUAUCGCAAAUUCUCAAAGAAUUAGAGAAAAGACAGCGAAAAAUGAAAUUAUUACAAAGUAGCAAUAAUAAUAACAACAACAAUCUCGAGGAAGACAUAAUCGAUCCAAUUGAUGAAGCAAGCUGCUGUCGACAACAUUUACCAUCGUCAGCGUUAUUAAAUUCAAGUACACUCAGUGUACAUGCAUCACCUUUAUUAACACGAUUAGCCGUGGUUAAUUAUGAUACAGAUUCAACUCCAAUGAGAAUUCUAAUCAAAGCUGAUUGGUCGGAUAAUAAUUCUACUUUAACAUGGAAAUCUACUAAUGAUAUUCGGUCAUUUCAUUUACAAUUAUCUAAUAUUGUUUAUCAUGAUGAUGUUCGAUUAGAACGUUUAAUGAAUAUCUCGGGAUAUUUACGUGAUAUUGGCUCUUCCACUGAAUCUGAUAUUGAACUAAUGAAAAAGAAUAUCGCGACAUACAUGGCCCAUCUUGUCUAUUUCUCGUCAUAUAUUUCGACGAUAUCAACUUUAGCUAAAUUUUUUAAUUCAUCUUUGAAACUUGUUGAUUCCAAGCAACGUUUGUAUAACUCCAGUAAUGGUUUUGAUGAAUCCUUAUCAUCAUCUUCUUCUUUUUCCAAUGGAAUGACUCCACUUCAAUGUGAAUUACCUGUUCAGCAACAGAAUGAAUCUGAGAAUAAAACGCUUUGUUCACCAAAACUGUCUUCAGGUACGAGUAAAUCGAAACAGCAAACAGAUGUAGCGAAACAAGCUCGUUCAAUAAUUCCAACGCAUAACGGCACACAGACAGGAUUAGAAGUUCGUUCGGAAGAAACUCAAACCGAUCGAAUGCCUGGACCCGGAUUUAUACUUGCUGAACAUCAAGAUUAUCUUCGAAGAUAUUCAAUGGAAGAAUUAGCCAAAUUAACACCCUCAGAUCUUGUUGCUGAUGGGCUUGAUACUAGUACGGCUCAAUUAUUAUGCGAUGCUUUAGACGAUUUAAAACCAAUGAGUAUCCAUCUGAACAGUAGUAACAGUAAAAAUCCUCGAUCACCGUGUACAUUUGUUCAGGUGCCUACGCCUCCCGCGCCAACCUCAUCAUCGUCACCACCACCACCAUUAUUAGAUGCUGCUUUGAUGGCUGUUGUUCAACAACAACCACCACCAGCACAAGCAUCAUCCUCCUCGUCCUCAUCGUCGUCGCGUACACCACCUCCUACAAAUUCUGAUCGAAAUCAAUUCGACCCGAUUCUAAUUAACUUAGUCGGUGUAGAUCCAUCUUUAUUGUCAAGUUCGAGUCCAAAACUGUCAAAAACAACAGCAUCUACUAGUGCACCAUCAGGAGCAACGAAUGGUCUUCCUCUACCACCGUUACCUUUACCGCCGACGUCAUCCAACGGCCCUUCACAACCUCCACACCAUAUACCAUUAUUAGCUGCACAUCCUUUUCUAUAUAAUUCGGUCGAACCAUAUAUAUUUCCACUAACUAUUCCGCCUGGCUAUUCGCCAGCAACACCUGAUUUCAUGCGAUUAUUCGCUUCAAAUAUGCCACCUGUACCCACAAAUCUUUCUAAUCCGCAAGGUGCCAAUUUCAUUCAACCAUCCAAUAUUACACAGGGGUCUGCAUCAAAUACUCGUUCAACUACGCAAACCAACGGUAGGAAUACACCGCCUGAACAAAACGGACAAAACCAUCGUCCAUCUCCUCCACCGCAAUCAACAGCGAACACAUCUUUAUCUGCAUCAUCGCGGCAUCACCACCAUCAUCAACAGCAGCAUCAUCACUCACAAUCACACCAUCGUCACAGGCAAUAUCACCAAUCCGACUCCAUGCAGUAUCAGCAACAAAACGGAUUUCACUCCCAACAACGACAAUCGCAGUCAUCUUACUCCCAACAGCAGCCACACAUGAAACCCAAAGCCUGUUUUACAUGUGGCGAUGUUGGACAUCUUGCAUUUGCCUGUCCGGAACAGUUUCCAUCUGACUCCACUUAUUCACAUAACAAUAGAGAAGGUUAUAAAUUAGACUAUCGUCCGCGUCAAAGUACAUCCACAAAUCUCCAAUCACAGCAACGGCAAAUGCGUUCAAAUUCAAAUUCAAAAACUAAACUUCAUGAUAAUAGUUAA